AUGUCAACAGGCCUUUACCUCGAUUCGGACAAUCCUGCAAGGCACGUGGCAUUUUUUAACGACCAAACAGAGGAAGCAAGAAUGCUGGCCAAGUACGGUUACGCUGUUCUCCAGGGCGCCGCGUUGUUCAAAAGAAAAUUCCCGAACGCACCGACGGACACGCUUCUGUCUCGACGGAGUCAAAGCGAUCCGCUCCGACGUAGCUGUCCAAACAGAGGGGUUCCAGACUGUCCAGCGGCUAGUCUGAGGUACAGAACGUCCGACGGAAGCUGUAACAACCUGAAGCAUCUCUGGUGGGGCUCGGCCAUGUCCACGAUGGAAAGAUUCUUGCCACCGAUAUACGGGGACGGGAUUCAGAGUGUGAGGAGAUCGAUAAACGGAGGACCGCUUCCCAGCCCGAGACUCAUAAGCGCGAUAAUUCACAAGGACAAAGAUGUCCCUUUGGAGUCUGUUACUCAUAUGCUGAUGCAGUGGGGGCAAUUUAUCGACCAUGACUUGACAGCCACCGGACAAAGCAGAGGAUUCAACGGCAGCGUGCCGCAGUGUUGCCUGAAAUCUGGCUUAGGCUUCCAACCGCCGGAAUUUAUGGUAAUUAUCUCCCGAGAACUCGAUAAUUUGCCCUUCCGUUGGAUUAAAACCGCGUGUCCACAGCAUCCCGAGUGUUUGCCGAUACCGGUCAGCCCGCAAGACCAUUUCUUCGGCCCCCUGGGUAUCAGGUGUUUAGAAUUCGCUCGAAGCGGUCCAGCGCCCAAAGAAGACUGCGAGUUCGGGCCCAGGGAGCAAUUGACGCAAGUGACGAGCUACCUGGACGCAUCCAUGGUGUACAGCAGCCACCCUUUCGUAACAGACUCUUUGAGAUUAUUUCGAAACGGCCUGUUGCAGUACGGAAAGAUUCAGUCGCACAGGCCGGUGCUGGCCAAAAUGGAUCCCGACAUUUGCAGACGCGGCUCGUUAUCGACGAGCUGCUUCAAAGCCGGGGAUGGCCGCCUCGUCGAGCAACCAGCCCUCACUUCCCUCCACGUGGUUUUCUUGAGGCUGCACAAUAGAAUAGCAACGAAACUCGCCGCGUUGAACCCUCAUUGGAGCGACGAGAAACUGUUUCAAGAAUCCCGGCGAAUCGUGGCCGCCAUUGUCCAGCACAUCACCUACAGAGAAUUUCUACCCAUUGUCCUCGGUCGAGAUGUGAUGAGAAUAUUCGGGCUGGAACUGGUGAGGAAAGGGUAUUACGAGGGUUACGAUCCGGACGUGAACCCGACCGUAGCUAAUGCGUUCUCCACGGCCGCUUAUCGCUUCGGUCAUUCCCUGACGUCUCGAUUCACGACGAGCUGGCCAAUCUCGGCGAUUUGGAGACAGCUGGAUCCGUGGAUCGCCUCCUCCUCGGCCUGA